GUUUCCAGGAAGCUGAAACCAGUUCAAGUUAAUCUGUACCGACACAUUUAUUAGUACGUGCACAGAACCGACAAAAAAUGUUUAAAGGUUAAUCAAUUUUAUUUAAAAAACAAAUAAAGAUUUGACAACACAAAACGGAGAAAAAGGAGAUUGAGAGUGAGGAAAAAAGUAAAGAGAGAAAGAAGACACUGACGCGAACAUCAAAAACUUCAAACUCCUAAUCUGUGACGCAGAAUGGAGGCUGGAGAGGACUCAGAUUAUCACGACAAUUAUACAGCUCUUCCAGAAAUAAAGGCCAUUAUAAUAGGUAGUAAAGCAGAGUACAAAUGCACUGCAGCUAAUACCAUUCUUAGCCACACUGACUGGAAAGUGGGUAAAGAGAUAGUCAAGAGUGAAAUGAAGCAGACGACAAUUCAGAACAGGUCUGUUACUUUGGUAAUGACACCAGGAUGGUGGAGGAGCUUCACGCUGGCAGAGAGUACAAAGUAUAUACAGAUGGAGAUUGUGCACAGCUUAAAACACUGUCCUGAUCCACAUGCCUUUCUUCUAGUCAUCAGUCUACACAAACCAUUCACAGACAUGCACCUUAAAAGUGUGGUGGAGCACAUGGAGAUUUUUGGUGAGCAGAUCUGGAACCACACCAUCGUUCUGCUCAUGUAUGACAACACAGAGCAGAGAAAUGCAGAUAGCAAGCAACUAAUUGAGAGAGCAGGGAAAGAGCUUGAUAUUGUAAUAAAGAAAUGUGGGAACAGAGUUCAUGUUUUCAAUUAUACUGACAGCAGGGGGAUAAAUGUGGAAAAACUGUUUCAUGAGAUAGAGAGACUGGUAGCUGAGCAUCAAGGACAGUGCUUUAAAAUUGACAGCAAACUGCUUGAAGAUAUGGAGGAAAAGAGAAGCACUAUGGAGAAACAAGCAAAGGAGAGAGAGAAUGAAGUAAAAACAAAGAUGCAAAGCUUGAAAAAAUGUCUAACAGAGAGAAGUUGUGGUUUUCCAGAAUUAAGGAUUGUCUUGAUGGGUGGCAGAUUUGUUGGGAAGACCUCAGUGAUGAACACUAUCCUGAAAAUCAAACAAGAGUUUAGCAACUCUAAAAAGUGUGUGAUGAGAGAGGGAGAGGUUGACAAGAGAAAAGUCAUUUUAAUCGACACACCUGGAUGGUGGCCGUACGCAUCUGUAAAGGAAACAUCAGAGUCAGUCAAGCAGGAGAUCAUGUCAAGUGUUACUAUGUGUUCACCAGGACCUCAUGCAGUUUUGCUGGUUCUGCAGUCUGAUGUCGCCUUCACUGAAGCACAAAGGAGGUCUGUCAAGGAGCACAUGGAGCUCCUGGGUCAAAAUGUCUGGAAGUACUGUAUAGUGGUGUUCACCAGAGGCGACUGGAGGGGGACUUCCACUAUUGAAGAGCACAUUGAGAGUGAAGGAGAAACUCUGCGGAUGCUGAUAAAUAAAUGUGGAAACAGGUAUCACAUUCUUAACAACAUGCAGUGGGAUGAUGGGAUACAGGUCAGAGAGUUGAUGGAGAAAGUGGAGAUGAUGGCCAGAGGAAACACAGAUCUCCUGACACCAGUGGAAGCAGCAAUGGAGGAGACUGACAGUGGCUGGGGAUCUAACUGGUCAGACCAAGACAAGUUAGAGAGAGGAAGCUUAAAGCUCGAUCCACCUAACAUGCAUGAUGACAAAGUCAAAAAAUGGCUUGAAAACAUAGAAAUUGUGUCUAACUACAGGACCUCAUCAGACUUUUCACAAGACAUUUUAGAGGAUGAAUCAAGAUAACAGAUGGU